UCAUGUCGAUUCGCUCCAUCCCACGCUAUUGCAAUGAGGGUGACAGCAUGGAGCAGUCUCCCGUCGUCUUCUCCCCUCUUUAAUAAGUUCUCCGUGCUCCGGUCAGGCACGUGCAAUCAUUUCUCCGAAUUGCAGAGACAAGCUUCCUCUCUCUCGGUUGCUUGCUUGCUCGCUUUGUUUCUUGGAAGUUAAAGUUUGUGACCUUCAAGUAGCAGAGGCAGCUCAAAGUGAUUCGCUGGGAUCGGUUUCGGUUUCGGUUUCGGCUGUACUUUCCUCCACACUCUGCUUCACAAGUAUCGGUUGCUUUAGCUGAAGCUCGAGAUAAAUCUAAACCAAAACUGAAGGAGUGAGCUACGGAGGUAUAUGCUUGGGAAACAUUUAGGCGUUUCUGAUGCUAAUUGGACAAGAUAUUGAAGUUCUAUGGCUUACUUGGGGAAAUGCUUCAUAUCCAAACAAUGACAAAUGAGCUUUUUGUUGUGUCCUAUAGUUGGAGUGACUAAUGGAUGAAGGCAGUAGUAAGGGGGAUUUCCUAGGAAGUGUAGUGCGACCAUCGUCGUUAAGGUCAGCUGCCGGCUUGAAGUCCUCGUUGUCAGGAAGAUCGACUCCCAGGGGUUCUCCUACUUUCCGGAGGUUGAACUCUGGAAGGACGCCUCGACGAGAAGACAGAAGCAGUGGUUUUAAUGCUCGGUGGUUUCGAAGUAACCGUAUAGUGCUUUGGUUGUUGUUAAUUACUCUUUGGGCUUACGCUGGAUUCUAUGUGCAAUCCAAGUGGGCUCAUGGGGACAACAAGGAGGGUCUUUUUGGUUAUGGAAGUAAACAAAAUGAUGAGAACUCUGACUUUGAAGACAAUCACAGACGGGACUUAAUUGCAGAUGCCAAUCCCAAGGCAGUUAAAAUUGGAAAUGAUAGAAACCAAACCACCUUCAAGAAUAUGGAUGUGGUUUUGGCAAAAAGGGAGAGUGUUGUUCCAUCCCGUAAAAAUGUAAGGAAAAAGAGUAAGAGAUCAGGACGCCGUUUGCGUAGUAAGGCACACGGUAAGCAGAAAACAACAGCAGUCAUUAAUGCCACUGAGCUUGAGGAGCAGGAACCAGAAAUUCCUCAGCGAAAUUCCUCUUAUGGAUUGCUUGUCGGUCCAUUUGGCUCAACAGAGGAUAGAAUAUUGGAAUGGAGUCCUGAGAAGCGAUCAGGAACCUGUGAUAGGAAGGGGGAGUUUUCACGACUUGUUUGGUCCAGGAAGUUCUUAUUGAUAUUUCAUGAGCUGUCAAUGACUGGAGCUCCACUUUCUAUGUUGGAGUUGGCAACAGAGUUUGUGAGCUGUGGGGCAACAGUUUCCGUUGUAGUUCUCAGCAGAAAGGGUGGAUUGAUGCCAGAGCUUUCUAGGAGAAAGAUAAAAGUGCUUGAUGACAGGGCAGAUCUUAGCUUCAAAACUGCCUGGAAGGCAGAUCUUGUCAUUGCUGGAUCAGCUGUCUGUGCAUCAUGGAUUGAGCAAUAUACAACACAUUUUCCUGCUGGUUCAAAUCGUAUUGCUUGGUGGAUCAUGGAGAAUCGACGGGAGUACUUUGAUCGGUCAAAACUUGUCCUCAACCGAGUUAAAAUGCUGCUUUUCCUUUCUGAAGCACAGUCUAAACAGUGGCUUGCCUGGUCUGCAGAAGAAAACAUCAAGCUGAAUUCUCAGCUGGCAGUGGUUCCACUUUCAGUCAAUGAUGAACUGGCUUUUGUAGCAGGGAUUUCAUGCUCCCUAAAUACACCAUUGUUCAGCACUGAAAAGAUGCUUGAGAAAAGAAAGUUAUUGAGAAAUGCAGUUCGAGAAGAAAUGGGGUUGAAAGAGAAUGAUAUGCUUGUGAUGUCUCUUAGUAGCAUAAAUGCUGGAAAAGGACAGCUCUUGCUUCUUGAGUCAGUACAGAUGCUGGUUGAAGAAGAAUCUUCUCACAAUGUGAAGAGAAGAAAAUCAGUACCUAAGAGUAAAGGAGUGCAGGAGCAGACUCUUAAAGUUCUUAUUGGUUCAGUUGGAUCUAAGAGCAAUAAGGUGCCUUAUGUCCAAGGAAUGCUCAGUUUUCUAGCCCAGCAUUCAAAUAUGUCAAAGUCAGUGCUCUGGACUCCAGCAACUACAAGGGUUGCUUCACUUUACUCUGCAGCAGAUGUAUAUGUCAUAAAUUCCCAGGGAUUAGGAGAAACAUUUGGUAGAGUGACAAUUGAAGCAAUGGCAUUUGGUCUACCGGUCCUUGGAACGGAUGCUGGUGGCACAAAAGAAAUCGUUGAGCAUAACUUCACAGGUCUCCUCCACCCAGUCGGGCACCCAGGAGCUCAAAUUCUUUCCAAGAAUCUCCGGUUCCUGCUUAAAAAUCCUUUAGCAAGACGGGAAAUGGGGAUUAGGGGAAGAGAAAAGGUCAAAAGGAUGUACUUGAAACGCCACCUGUACAAGAAAUUUGCGGAGGUUCUAUACAGAUGCAUGAGAAUCAAGAUCAAGUAAACAUUUUUAUUUCAUUCUUUUAUUGACAUUUGAACUUGUCAGGUUGCCGUUGAGGUUAUGCGAAUGCACCCAUUUUAUUUUUAUUAUGGAUUAGCAAGUUAUACUUUUGUUACCACUCAGUUGUGUGAGAUGGUAUCUGUAUUAGGCUUUCUUGCUAGCCAUUUUCAUUUCUGAACAUCGAAAGUAUCAUCAAAGCUUACAGGGCAAAGAAAACCGACGCCUUGUUUAAACCA